AUGAAACCAAUUUACGAAAAAGUGGCAAGCUUGAGAAGUGAUGCGAAGCAAAAGAAAGAUCGAAAUCUAGAAGUUCAAAACCUAGAAUCAGUCCUGGAAAAAAGAAGGCUGGAAUUCCUCUUAUCACGAACGCAACUAAGGAACUUGUACAAUUCAGCAAAUUUCCUCAUAGCAAUGGGCACAUUUUCAAAGUCAGAAUGGAAUGCGAUGAACCAAAAUGAAGUGGAGAAUACGGAAAACGACCUCUUCACUGAUGAACAAUCAAUAGAAAUAAUGAUCGAAGGACAACUCCAACUCAUCCAACAAAAUGAAAAAGUCCUCAAGCAUUUACACAGUGAACUACGACCCGCGGAAAAGACGGAAUCCAGCAUUGAUGACGAUAUGAGACAGGCCCUAAUUGCACUGAAGAGUGCAUGCGAAAAGGUGCUGUACACGCACCCGAUGAAAGAAUGCACUGACGCAUCGGAGCAACACGAUGUAUCAAAAUACCAUGAACGACCAACAACUACAGAAGCCAACACUCAAACUACUGACCUGCUGAGAGAAAUCUCAGCAGAAGCAGCAGACUCGGACAACAAUUCGUGGGACACUGAAGAACCAAACAUGGAUGAACGCUCCAAGGAUACUGACCAAUACUCGUCGACAGACGAAAGACAACAAACCCCCGAUGAAACAGAAGCGAAACAUUCGAGGGAAAUAGUGGCCGACGAAGAAGAAACAACGAGCUCAAGAGAAACCAAAGAGAAAUCAAAUGCAAGCGACUGGAGAGAAAGAAGCCCUCCCGACGAAUUAGUUAUAGACGACGACAUCAUGAUCGUCGACGAAUUGGAAGAGGAGCAGACGCUUACCGAUGACGCAGAAAGGAGGGAAAACACUUCAGCCAUUUUGAGUAUUACAAUGCACUGCAGAACACUUUUGGCACUCUUGUUAGUAAAAAUCGCAGCUACAACAGACAUAGAAGAAAGUCCCUUGCCAAGCAGAGAUGAAUCAAAUAGAUAUUACGUACAUAAAAUUACACUGCCUUAUAAUCCACCGCGAACAGAAUCACAAAAACUGGCGGAUUGUCAAAAACUGGAAUUUGUGCACGUCUUCCCACCGGAGUUGACGGCAAGAAAAACGCAUGUUGAGGUACGAGGCUUUUACGAGAAGGCAUAUGAUUGGUUUGAGUUACCAGCCAUAGAACAGCAACGUCAGCGCGACAAUGUGAUGAACACCUUGAACGAUGUUGAGAAGGAAGAAGUUGCGCAGCUAGUAGAACGCACUUCGAAAAAAGUGGACGAGGAUCCGGUGCUCUCAGCCCAUCGUUAUUUCCACUCACCUCAGAGAGUCAUUGAGGAAAUGGAAAGAAGUCAUGCUAGUCCUUGA